CUGCCUUGCCCGCCCUCCGGUUACACAGAUGGGCCGGUUUUAUGCCUGCCAUGCCCUUUAAGGCGGAGGGGGGGGGGAAGGCCCCAGGCAACCAGCAGUGGUGGGGCUGGGUGUGUGUGUGUUGUACUUGGACAGCAGUGCGCACGAGGGAAGAAGGAAAAAAAAAAAGAAAGAAAAAAAGGCUUUGCUAAUGAGUUGGAGAUUGGGCGGGUGGGAAGGAAACCCCCCUUCGCGCAGUCCUGAAAGCUUUUGCUCCGCACUUGGUCGCUCCACGCUCCGCUCUCUGGCCUCACCCUCCCCAGACGCUUGGGGCUGCCUUGAUUUCUCUCUCCGCCUGCAGGAAUCCAAGCCCUCUCUCUCCCCCCCCCCCCGUGCCUGGCUCUUUUUCUCUUCCUGGGGGGGUGGCUGUUUAAUUUCUUCACGCCCGCCAGCCUGUGCUUUAGCAACGCCGGGACCCUCCCGCGCCCCGGCCCCACGCUUCCCCCACCCCACUCGCCCCGCCAGCCAGGGGAACGCCAAAGGGGAGCGCCCAGUCCUUGGAUGUAACCAACUCGGAGGCCGAGUGAAAUCGGAUGGAUUUUGGGAGCGUCAUGAAACAGGCGGCUACCCCGUGUGCGCCUCCCGUCAACUCUGAGCUGCCAUCCAACGGGGAGAGCACUGCCAAGCAUGUAGACGCCACAGAAUCCACAAAAUCCUCCAAAAGUGCCCAGCCACGAGGCAGACCUUCCAGGAGCGUGAGCAUGGCCCAGACCACGGAGGACAGCUGCGAGCUGGACCUGGUGUACAUCACCGAGCGGAUCAUCGCCGUCUCGUACCCCAGCUCGGCCGAGGAGCAGAACUUCCGCAGCAACCUCAGGGAGGUGGCCCAGAUGCUCAAGUCCAAGCAUGGAGAUAGCUACCUGCUUUUCAAUCUGUCCGAGCGCAGACACGACAUCAGCAAGCUGCACUCCAAGGUGCUGGAUUUCGGGUGGCCCGACCUGCACACGCCUGCCCUGGAGAAGAUCUGCAGCGUCUGCAAGGCCAUGGACACGUGGCUGAGCGCCGAGCCCCACAACGUGGUCGUCCUCCACAACAAGGGAAACCGAGGCCGGAUGGGAGUCGUGGUUGCCGCUUACAUGCACUACAGCAACAUUUCAGCCAGCGCGGACCAAGCCCUCGACAGGUUUGCCAUGAAGAGGUUCUACGAGGACAAGGUGCUGCCAGUCGGGCAGCCGUCACAGAAGAGGUAUGUCCAUUACUUCAGCGGCCUGCUGUCCGGCACCAUCAAAAUGAACAACAAGCCCUUGUUCCUGCACCAUGUCAUCAUGCACGGGAUCCCCAACUUCGAGUCCAAAGGCGGAUGCCGGCCCUUCCUGAAGAUCUACCAGGCCAUGCAGCCGGUGUACACAUCUGGGAUCUACAACGUGCAAGGAGACAGCCAGACCAGCAUCUGCAUCACCAUUGAGCCUGGACUGCUCCUGAAGGGAGAUAUCCUGCUGAAAUGCUACCACAAAAAGUUCCGCAGCCCGACCCGAGACGUCAUUUUCCGGGUGCAGUUCCACACCUGCGCCAUCCAUGACCUCGGCAUUGUCUUCGGGAAGGAGGACCUGGACGAAGCCUUUAAAGACGACCGGUUUCCGGAGUAUGGGAAGGUGGAGUUUGUGUUCUCGUACGGCCCGGAGAAGAUCCAAGGGAUGGAACAUCUGGAGAACGGCCCCAGCGUCUCCGUGGAUUAUAACACCUCGGACCCCCUCAUCCGAUGGGACUCCUACGACAACUUCAACGUCCGCCGAGAGGACAGCCUGGAGGGUACGUGGGCUGGUCCCCACGAGGCCCACAAACCUCCGGACACAGAGCUUGGGCACACUCAGGGGCCGCUGGACGGGAGCCUCUACGCCAAGGUGAAGAAGAAAGACUCGCUCCACAGUAGCACCGGCGCCGUCAACGCCAACCGCGCCCCCCUCUCCGCGGCGCCCAACCACCUUGAGCACACGCUGUCUGUCAGCAGCGACUCGGGCAACUCCACCGCUACUGACAAGACCGACGAGCCGGCGGCGCCUGGUGGCGGCCCCCCAGCACUGACCCCCGAGGAGAAGCGAGAGCUCGAGCGCCUCUUGAGCGGCUUCGGCUUGGAGAGCGAAGCCCCCAUGCACAACCGCCACCCCGGGGCGGCGCCGGCCGGCAACUCUGCCCUCACGGGGCGCCGCGUGGUGCCGGCCCAGGUGCACGUCAACGGGAGCGCCCCUGCCCUGGUGGCCGAGCGGGAGACGGACAUCCUGGACGACGACGACCUGCCCAACCAGGACGGGCAGAGCGUCGGCAGCCUGGGCACUCUCUCCUCCUGCGACGGCACCACCAACGCCAGCGAGAUUGGCUACCAGGAAGUGCCCCGGAUGGAGAGCCUCUCCUGCCUGCCCAACGGCCCGUCCAGCUUUGACGGUGCGGACAAGCUGCACAAGGAGGGGCUGUAUGACUCGGAGCCGCUGAUCAACGGGGGGUACCCCUACAACAACCAGAACACGCUGCAGAGCAUGAUGGGGCGACACCCGCAGCCCCUACUGAGCCAGAUCCGGCCUUCAGUAUCUGCUCAGGAGAACCUCUCCGACUACCGGCAGCAGCAAGCCGGCUUCCCUGAGCCCGGCUGGCUGCAGCCCCGGCCGCCGGCUGCCACGCAGCCCUACCUGUACGGCUUUGACUCCAGCAACAUGUACCAUUCUCAGUCCUACCCAGCCGCCGAGCCGGGCCUCCAGCUCCCCCCGGCGCCGGCUCGGAGCACCAGCAGCCGGGAGGCCGUGCAGAGGGGGCUCAACGCCUGGCAGCAGCAAGGCGGUGGCAGCAGCGGUGGGAGCAGGCCGCCCUCCCGUCAGCAAGACGGCGGCCUGGAAAGCCAAAGCCCUAGCGUCUCCAGUUCGAGCCCCCAGCCCAGCCCCUUGCCGGCGGCCCCCCCUCCAAGCCACAGCAUCCCUGAGUUCCCCCGGGUGGCGUCCCCGAAGGAGAUCGAGCAGUCGAUAGAAGCACUGAACAUGCUCAUGCUGGACCUGGACCCGUCUGUCUCAAUGAUGCACAAGUCCCAGAGCGUCCCCCUCGCCUCCAAAGAGGACCGGCCCAGCCCGGUGGUCUCCUCUCUGUCUGCCCAGCCAGUGUUGGGCCUUCCGAGCCUUGCGGCCCCUCAGGUGACCCAGCCGAGACCCAGCAACGCCUUUGGUGCCAUGCCGGGGAGCGUGUCCCACAACGCUAGGGGCACCGCUGUCACCCAGCCCCCACCGGCUUCUGAACCGCUGUCCAAAGCCUAUCUGCCAGGACCGCUGGCCCAGGUGGGCCGGGGCGCUGGAGAGCCAGAGUCCAUGGGGCAGGAUUUUGGGGUGUCCUACUCACCCUACAGCUAUCAGAACCAGCAGCCUCCUGUGCCACAGACAAGCAGCUACAGCCGUGUCCCGGGAAGCCCCCCAACCUCUUCCAUCCCUCUGGCAACAGCUUACAGCCCUGUGGGGCCUCAGCAGCCCCUGAUCAUGUCGCCCCCCUCCCCCACAGCGACAGCCCAAGUUCAGAUGCCCCCGAAGGGAGUGGAGCAUUACCAAGAGCCUGCUAGACCCUCGGAAGAAGAGCCCUUGAACCUGGAAGGGCUGGUGGCCCACAGAGUAGCAGAGUACAACACCAAACUCCGGGGCAUCCGGCAGAGCACGAAAGCCCCCCAUCCUCCUCUGCGCCGACAAAGAUCCUUCUCCUUCGCUGGGGUGGAGUCACGGGACAAGUCCCCGGAGGAGCCCGGAGCGCCGAGCCGAAGAUGCACGACCAGUGAUGGCCAGUACGAGAACAGUCCCCAGGAGCCCGGCAUGCCCCGGAGUCCCACUGCCCGAUCACCGGUCCACAGCUUCUCACCAGAGGUGGUCAGCAGCAUCGCCGCCAACCCGGGAGGGAGGCCCAAAGAGCCUCAUCUCCACAGCUACAAGGAGGCUUUUGAAGAGCUGGAGGGGACCUCGCCAACCAGCCCACCCUCCAGCGGUGGUGAGAUCUCUCCCCCAACCCCUGCCUUUCCUGUCUCGCCGCAAACCCCUUAUGGUCACCUGCUGCGCUCCCCACCCGGCCUGGCCAAGACCCCGCUGUCUGCAUUGGGACUGAAGCCCCAUAACCCAGCCGAGAUCCUGCUGCAGCCGACGGGAGAGCUAGAUGGGGAGGCAGUAGUUGAAUCUGAUGAAGGUUCCAGGACCUAUGUGGAGUCGGUGGCCCGCAAGGCGGCGAUGGGGGGUGGGGGAACGCCCCAGAGCCCCCCAACUCCACAGGCCUACAGCACUGAGACACCAAUGAGGAACGGGGCCUUCAUGAACUCCUUCACCUCCCCCAGCCCCAUCUCCACCAGCAGCCCCAUUCAUAGCAUGGACGGGGUGUCGAUCCGCAGCUACCCGUCCGAGAGCAGUGGCCACAGCACCGCCACGCCCCCGCGGCCCUCAGCCGAGUCCAGCUUCCAGGUGCCGUCGGCACACAGCAGCUACCAAAAUGCCUCGCCGGUGUCCUUCAGCCAGGGGGGCCCCGCGGGCUCCCUCUACGUGAGCCCUGAGUACCCCGACAGCCGAGCUGGCACACAGCAAGACGCCCACAUGAGGCCGCAGCCUCAGGUCAGCGUGGUGGGUGUUCACGUCCUGCCGGGGAGCCCCCACACCCUUCACAGGACGGUGGCCACCAACACGCCGCCGAGCCCCGGCUUUGGGCGAAGAGCACUCAAUCCUGGCAUGGCAGCCACUCCCGGGAGCCCCGGCCUGGGCAGGCACCCCAUGGGCAGCCACCUGGCUGGGACCCCGGGCAGCCCAAGCCUCGCUAGGCACCAGGCCGCUAAGGGAGGCAGUGCACCUGGCAUGGCUGGCAGCCCCAGCAUGGACAGGCACAUCAUGUAUGGCUAUUCCACCCCGGAGGAGCAGCGCCCCACGCUGUCCCGGCAGAGCAGUGCCUCGGGAUACCAGCCCCCCUCCACUCCAUCGUUCCCCAUCUCCCCGGCCUACUAUCCCGGCUUGAGCAGCCCGCAGUCCUCCUCCCCGGAUUCCACCACCUACCGGCAGGGCAGCCCCCCACCACAGCCGGUGCUGCCUGAGAAGAGGAGGAUGUCAGCCGGGGAGCGGUCCAACAGCCUGCCUAACUACGCCACGGUGAAUGGCAAGAUGUCCUCGCCCGUCUCCAGCGGCAUGUCCAGCCCCAUCAGUGGGAGCACCGUGGCGUACCCGCACACCCUGCCUGACUUCUCCAAGCUCUCGCUGCCAGACAGCAGCCCCGAGACGCGGGCCAACGUGAAAUUUGUCCAGGACACGUCCAAGUAUUGGUACAAGCCGGAGAUUUCCAGGGAGCAGGCCAUCACGCUACUGAAGGACAGGGAGCCCGGAGCCUUCAUUAUCCGAGACAGUCACUCCUUCCGGGGAGCCUACGGGCUGGCCAUGAAAGUAGCCUCUCCGCCUCCAACCAUCCUACAGCAGAACAAGAAAGGAGAUGUAACCAAUGAGCUGGUGAGGCACUUCCUGAUCGAGACCAGCCCGCGGGGGGUGAAGCUAAAAGGAUGCCCCAACGAGCCCAACUUUGGAUGCCUGUCUGCUCUGGUGUACCAGCACUCCAUCAUCCCACUGGCCUUGCCCUGCAAGCUGGUCAUUCCCGACCAAGAUCCCACAGACAAACCGAAAGAGACAACCUCAGCCGCCAACUCGGCGACAGACCUGCUCAAGCAGGGAGCCGCCUGUAACGUGAUCUUCAUCAACUCGGUGGAGAUGGAGUCGCUGACAGGCCCACAGGCCAUCGCCAAAGCCAUCAGCGAGACACUGGCCCUGGCGCCCACGCCCACCGCCAUCAUCGUGCACUUCAAAGUCUCCGCACAGGGGAUCACCUUGACGGACAACCAGAGAAAAUUGUUCUUUAGACGACAUUAUCCCCUCAGCACCAUCACCUACUGCGACCUGGACCCCCAGGAACGAAAAUGGACUAAAUCAGACGGUGGAGGUCCCGCAAAGCUCUUUGGCUUUGUGGCCAGGAAGCAGGGAAGCACAACGGACAACAUUUGUCACCUCUUCGCCGAGCUGGAUCCUGACCAGCCGGCCACCGCCAUUGUCAAUUUCGUGUCAAGGGUCAUGCUUGGCUCCGGCCAGAAGAGAUGAGCCACUGGACACGGAUAGUUCUUGCCCUUGAAUUUUGGAGAAGGACUUGGAGUUGAUCCGAGAAGGAGCGCGAGGAAGUGCAUUGUGGGAGAGGGAAGUGAAUCGGGGGGAAACGGUCUGAAUUGUGGAAGAAAAAAACCCUCACCCAAGCGUAACAAAACAAAACUAAAGGAAGCGAUGUCAGCGCAUUUCCCCUCGCAGGGAAUGCGACCAGCACAACGGCCAGGAGUCGGAGGAGUGGAACUGGGUUGUCUUUUGGAUCAGCGUCCCCACGGGGGGUUUCAAGUGGCGAAUUCACCCCGGGUCAAAGUGGGAACGUUCAUGGCCCUGCCGUUUGAAAACCAACAACUCUGUUUGCAAAUGUCAGUCGUUUGUUUUAAAUAAUGCCCAUGGCCAACCGAUCAAAUGAAAGGCAGGUGUGCAGGACUGCCCCCCACCCCCGGGGAAUUACCCAUUGAAACAGCUUACCAGGGGCUGUUGUGGGCUUUCUCCAUCACUGGCAAUUUUCAAAUCAAGAUGAGAUGUUUUGCUAAGAGAUCUGCUCUGGUUCAAACAGGAAUGAAUUCCAGGCAGAUCUCAGGCCUGUGUUACGCAAGAGGUCAGACUAGAUCUCAGUGGUCCAUUCUGGCCUCAUGACCUAUGUGCUAGAACAGUGGUUUUCUACCUGUGCUCCGCAGACCCCGGGGGAAAGGGGGAGUCCGCAGACUAUGUCUAAGAUUUCCAAAGGGGUCCACACCUCCAUUUGAAAUUUUUUAGGGGUCCGCAAAUGAAAACAGGUUGAAAACAGCUGUGCUUGAGUGAUCAGGCAGGAAAACAAAGGAUGGUCAAUAUCCCUUUUAACCUUCCCUGCUCUGAGGUCUGCAACUACUUUGUAUAUGAAGUAUGACACAUCCCCACACUCACAUGUAUAUUCACAGCAGUGGGGCUUAUAUAUAAGCCUGUAGCCCCCGAGCAACUCCCUUUGGUCUCUGUGCUGCACGCCACAGCCCAUCAGGAUUUCCUGGCAGCAGAAGGGAGAGAACUCAGAUCCUCCAGCUCCAAAAAGCACAGGACCUAGGCCACUUGAGCGAAAGGGGACGCAAGGUUAGCAGUAUGGGAUCUA